AUAUAUAGCUCCGGUGGACUUGCUGUUCUUCUCUUGUUAUUAUCUCUCAUGAUGUUGCUGGAAAUUCUGAACCAGGUUUGCUUUCCGAGAAUUCCUCCAGCAGACUGCCGGCCUGUCGGUGGGCCGAUACUUCCGAUAAGCUCCUUCCCGGUGCGUGUUCGGAAAGGGAAGGUGGUGGUGGUGAUGGGCGCGACCGGCACCGGCAAGUCGAGGCUGGCGAUCGACCUCGCGGUCCGCUUCAACGGGGAGGUGGUGAAUUCCGACAAAAUGCAGCUGUACGACGGCGUCGACGUCGUCACCAACAAGGUCACCGACGAGGAGACUCGCGGCAUCCCUCACCACCUCCUCGGCGGGAUCCUGCCGGAUGCCGACUUCACCGCGUCGGACUUCCGCCGUGUGGCCGGCCGUGCCAUCAGCUCCAUCGCGCAGCGCGGGCGGCUGCCCGUCGUCGCCGGGGGCUCGAAUUCCUACAUCGAGGAAUUGAUCGAGGGGGGCGGGAGGGAGUGCGGGCGGUCGAGGUACGAGUGCUGCUUCCUGUGGGUGGACGUGCAGCCCAAGGAGUUGCACCGGUUCGUGGGGGAGCGGGUGGACCGGAUGGUGGAGAGGGGGCUGGUGGAGGAGGUGCGAAGGGUGUUCGACCCGGAGGCGGACUACGGUAGGGGGAUUCGGAAGGCGAUCGGCGUGCCGGAGAUGGACGGGUACCUGCGGGCCGAGAAGGAGGGUGUCGGCGAGUGGACGAAGGCGAGGCUGCUGGAGUUGGCGAUCGACGAGAUCAAGGCCAACACCCGCAAGCUGACCUGCCGCCAGCUGCAGAAGAUUCAUAGGCUACGGGCGCUGCCCGGGUGGGACGUGCACCGCGUGGACGCCACCGAGGUGUUCCGGAGGGGAGGGGAGGAGGCGGACCAGAGCUGGGACGAGCUCGUGAGCAGGCCCAGCAUCGAGAUCGUCGGACAAUUUUUGAGCCAAGAGGAGAAGGUAGAGGAGAGAGAGGAUGGACGGGAAGAAGUGUACUUUGUCGCCGGUAGCUGCGGCAAGGAGGGGAAGAGAGUGUUGAGCAAUGAAACAGUGGUGAGAACGGGCGGCGCCGCCGCCCCAAGUUGGCCUCAGCGGUGGCAGUGGGGGCCACCGUGUGAGAGAUGAAGAGGUGGGGCCCGCGGCACGUGUAGGAAA